UGUUAGUCCGAGCUCAGUAGUGCCACUACCGAGGUCGGAGUCGGAGUCGAGACUCGUGAUCCAUUGGGUGAUCUCGCACAGUCGUUCGAGCCACUUCGCAGCAAGCGUGUGAAUCAUAACCAACCAUUUAUUCAUUUAAAACAUUUUUCGUUUAUUCAUUUCACCCAAGGUCAGAAUAACCAAUGAUUUGUCAAGUCAUCAUUGGCUUGUUCCGGUACGCUGGACAGCUGCUCAAAGUUGCUGUGUAGCCUCGGGCCUCACAGAGAAAUCCCUGGGAUACAUAAAUGUGUGUCUUCUUUUCUUUUACUUUUUUGAUAAGUAAAGAGACAAGAAGAAAAAAAGAGUGUUUAUAUUCAAGGUGUUUAGUGUGCUUAAGUUUAUAACUUUUUAAUUAUAUUAAGCUAUUGAUUAAGUUAAAUAGUUUUUCACUAAAAGUGUAUUUUAUUGGAAUUGAACUCCCUAAAGAUAACAAAAGAAAGUGAAUCUGGAUAUGUCAAGUUUAUUCUUUUAUUAUAAAAGCUACGGAUUAAUUACAAUACGUGCGCAUGUGUCCAGUGGGAUUUAAUAAUAAAACUCUCGUCGCCUAUCUGGAUAAUUUGACGACGCCUACAGCCGGACUGUCUCAUGUUAGGAUGGCGCUGGCGCGACUUGCGGUGAGCGACUGUGCGCCUCAAACAUCGCGAGUCAGCUCAAACUUACACAGCAGUAGUAGUAUGGCGGUAAGCCGUGUACCAAGCCCACCACCACUUGAAGUAAACACUCCAGUUGCAGAGAAUUGGUGUUAUACGCAGGUAAAGGUGGUCAAAUUCAGCUACAUGUGGACGAUAAACAACUUUAGUUUUUGCCGUGAAGAAAUGGGAGAAGUUCUCAAGUCAUCAACAUUUUCAGCUGGGGCAAAUGAUAAACUCAAAUGGUGUCUUCGAGUAAAUCCUAAAGGUUUAGAUGAAGAAAGCAAGGAUUACUUAUCACUUUACUUACUUCUUGUGUCAUGCAAUAAAUCAGAAGUCAGAGCAAAGUUCAAAUUUUCUAUUCUUAAUGCCAAAAGAGAAGAAACCAAAGCUAUGGAGAGCCAACGAGCCUAUAGGUUUGUCCAAGGUAAGGACUGGGGCUUCAAAAAGUUCAUAAGAAGAGACUUUUUGUUAGAUGAAGCUAAUGGAUUAUUACCUGAUGAUAAACUCACGAUAUUCUGUGAGGUAUAUACCUUUGUUAGUGUAGUAGCUGAUAGUGUAAAUGUUUCUGGACAAAGUAACACAAUACAAUUUAAAGUACCCGAAUGUCGACUGCCUGACGACCUCGGACUUCUCUUUGAAAGCCAAAAAUUCAGUGAUGUAACGCUGACGGUUUGUGGGAGAGAGUUUCAAGCGCACAAAGCCAUUUUAGCAGCUCGAAGUCCGGUUUUUUCAGCGAUGUUUGAACACGAAAUGGAAGAACGUAAACAAAAUCGUGUAGACAUAACAGAUGUCGAUCAUGAAGUACUAAGAGAAAUGUUGCGGUUUAUUUAUACGGGUAAAGCGGCAAAUCUUGAGAAGAUGGCGGACGAUUUAUUGGCUGCAGCGGACAAAUAUGCCCUUGAGAGGCUUAAAGUUAUGUGUGAGGAAGCAUUAUGUACAAGUCUAGCUAUUGAGAAUGCGGCAGACAUUCUUAUACUUGCCGAUCUUCAUAGUGCCGAUCAAUUGAAGGCGCAAGCUAUAGAUUUUAUAAACACUCAUGCAACAGACGUGAUGGAUACGGCGGGUUUUAAAUCGAUGGUGAAUUCACAUCCACAUUUAAUAGCGGAGGCGUUUCGUGCCCUUGCAACUCAACAAAUACCGCCGAUUGGGCCACCUCGGAAGCGUGUGAAACAAAGCUGAAAGCAAUCACCGUUGAUACCGGGCACAACUACUGUGUCCUCCCCGCCCCACCUGCAUCCCUCUUGACUUUUUUGUGUACAGUGACAUUGAGUAGUGUUAAAUGAAUACUUCUUAGUGCGACACCCAUCUGUUCCACUCAGAGUUAUCAUUUUUUUUAAAGGAUGAUAAUAAUAAUUGUAACAAUUAUUAGUCAGCUGUUAAGGGCUUAAAAAGUAAUUAAUGGUACGUGAAAAGAAUAUUCAUGGCCAGUUAGGAAAUUAAAGGUGUAAAAACGCCAGAGUGUUGUGUUCAGUGAGUGUCGGUAGUGUCAAAACUAGCGUGCAACAUGUCACAAAAGUUCUUUACGGAGAGAUUAAAGAAAAAGAAAAAUCAUACAAAAUCCCACCUCAUUCACCUUUAAGGAACAAUACCUAUAUCCCAUACGCGCGAAUGUUUAAUGUCUUCGGCUUCAAGUAGUAAGAUCAACUGCUCAAGCCUACGUGACAACGAAUUCAACACAAAUUAACGUGAUUUAGGAAGAAUUAGUACUAAAAGCAAGAGAGCCAAAACAAUUCAAGGUUCAUCAUGUUGCCACGUACCGAUAUGUAGAAGUUGUGAUAAGACGUCGGCCAGACGAUUAAAACAUGUUUUUUUGUCAGGAAUCCGAUAUCCCUCCGGUACUGAAAAAAUGGAGAUAAAUAUAAUUAAACAUAAAGUAAACCGGGGAACCCAGAUACUUUGUUUAUUAUUGGUAGUAAUUUUUGACAUAAUGAAAACAUCAAACUCUUCCAGAAAAGGGAAAAUGAUUCUAGUUAAUGUUUUUUAUGAUCUCUUUCUCUUAAUACAAUACAACUAUGACUAUGAUUACUCUUAAUGCUACGCGAUAUGUGCCCCUUUUAUUUUUGUACAUUUUUUGUCUGCAAAAUAUAAUCCACCAAUAAAUUAUUUCUUUUCAAUUCUUCCCCUUUCAAUUAAUGGCACAGUUUGUUUUGUUUUCUCUCUUAUAGUUAUAUUUUUUGGACUAUUUCAUAGUUGAUUAAAGUGAUAGCUUCGAUUAUUACUCAUUAUUGAGAAAAGAACAAUAAAAUUAUAGGGUUGUCCAUAAUUUAUAAAUUUCGUUUUUAUGUUUAUUCUAAGGAAAAAAUUUUAUCAUACGAAACAUGCAGGAAAUGUCGAUUGAUUGCAAUAAAAUUAAAAUGCUAAAAAAUAUAAAAACAAAUAAGUAACGUAUUGUUAGAAAUAAUGCGUGAAACAAAUUAAAUGAAUUGUAUAAAUAAAAGUUAGUCAAUUAUAGAAUGGAAUAUUAACCGUUUUUGUGUAACUAAUUCUUCAAUCACAAAAAAAAAUUAUUGAAAAAUGACGAAACAAAAAGUAUGUGGUGAAUGAACUGAGUUAUGGGCAACCGAGAAAUAAAACAAUAAAUGUCAUUUAGUAGUGUACUGGCUUCCCGAUCCUCUAACCUAGUUUUACAUUUAAUUACAUACCAUUUACAUUAAUGACGAAGAUGAUUAAUGCCAUACAUGUUCUGUGAUAAGUCCAAUGUAAUUAUUGCAACUGUAUCUCUAUUCCCAAGAUCCAGAUAUAAAUUCCAAUGUCGAUCCUGCAGCCAGUUGCCUAAUUAUUUAACUACUCAGUUCGGUCAGUCCCGAAGUUAUAAGAGUUAGAUGAAUUUAUAAUUCAUUAAUAAUCAUCGAUGUUAUAGAUAUUUUGCCAUGUACAAUAAUGAUAAAAAAUUGAAAUUUAACAGUUAUUUUUUCAUCAAGUAAUUAUAUUUCAUGACAAUACUUAUCAAUUUUUAUUGUUUUAGACUGAAAAUGGUCAAAUUCAUGCUUCUCAAUAGACACUUUAUAUUGAUUAAAAAAUGAAAGAUACAAGUGUAAAUAAUUUGUUAUUCUGCAGAAAUUAUUUUUAUCAAAAAAGGGGAAAUAAAAAAGAAAAAAGUAAAGACUAUUGAGGUGCAAGCUUUUGGUAUUUAUUUAAGUGAAGUUCUGUUAUUACUAGUAAUAAAUAAACACAAUGUUUAGAUAAAAACAUAUUUGGGACUGUCGAACACAAAAAUUUUUAAUAAUAUAUGAUUUUUUUCUAAAAAAAAAAAAGGCUAAUAUUGAUCGAAUGACCGUAUAUGUAAUAUUAUUCAUAAAAAAUUAAUCUGUAGUAAGGAUAUAUGAGCGUAUGACUGGAUAAUUUGAUAAAUUAAGUACAAGUAAGACAAGCGUUACCUCAUCAUAAAUAUCAGCACUUUUGCGACAACCUUUUUUAUUGUCAUAUCGUACGUUAUUAUUUACACUUCCACUAUAUGUUGCAUUUAUAAGCAGAAAUUUUCAUUUUCAAUAUAACAUUUUAUAGCGUACGAUAAAACAAUGUGAAUUGGAAGUAACAAAAGAACUGUUCAUUAAUCCCAGCUCAUAUAAAUGUUCAUUUUUUCCAUUUAUUUUAAGUCAUUGCACCACAUCAAAUAAAUUACAUUUUCAUUAUAUAA